AUGGAGAGUCUCCAGCUAUCGCAGGUGCUCGCUGAUUUGAGCAACCUUGGAGCUGCGGAACCCGAGGCUGCCGCUGCCAUUGUCAAUGCCAAUGUCCCCAUUAUCAAGGCGGAAUUUAUUGAACCAAAGCCCGCCGCGCCGACAGGCUCUCAAGCACCGCGACCGACAAAUAUGAAGCGAUCCUGGUCCUCAGAACCAGGCGUCCCACCAAAAUUCGACAAGCUAGGUCGACGAAUUCUGAUUAACUCUGGGUCACGAUCCGGCUCUGCUGCCAACUCUAUUCCGGGAACGCCUCGACUUAGCGACUCCAAUGCUGAUGAUGACUUGGAGAGAGCAUCUACACUCAUGGCCCUUUACGAUAUUCGUGCCAAGAUUAAGCAGCAAGAUAAUAGCAGCCUCCUGAGAGCCCGCGAGAAGAUUAACGCCUUGGCCGCCAAGCAGCAAGCUGCUGAACGCAGUAUGAAGGCCUCGGACGAGCUACGGCGCCAUCGAUAUUCUUUUCCAAAGCCCGGCCUGUAA